AUGGGAAAAGAUUUCAAGAGUUUGGUUAGAUGCAUGUACACUGGGAAGAUUAACGAUAAUGUGAGGAAGCUAAAGAUCGCAACCGAAGAACUCAAAGAUAUUGGAAACAACGUGAUGAAAAGGGUCAAGAUUUGCGAAGAGCAGCAACAGAUGAAGCGGCUAGACAAUGUCCAAUCAUGGCUUAGACAAGCCGACACUGUUAUAAAAGAAGCAGAAGACUUGUUCUUGACGUCUUCUUCUUCUAGCCAAGGUUUGUUAUCUUCAAGCCACAAGAUGGAGAAGAAGAUUUGCAAGAAGCUGAAAGAGGUUGAAGAUAUUAAGAGCAGAGGAAUGUUUGAGGUUGUUGCUGAAAACGUCGUAGGAGGAGGAAGCGGAUCUGCGGUUAAGACUAGUGAUGAGGAGACCAUAGGGUUAGAGGCGGUUUCUGGUUUGGUUUGGAGGUGUUUGACGAUGGAGAACACAGGGACUAUUGGGUUGUAUGGUGUGGAAGGUGUUGGAAAGACAACGGUUUUGACUCAGGUUAAUAACAGGUUGCUUCAACAGAAAGCAAAUGGGUUUGAUUUUGUUUUGUGGGUGUUUGUGUCCAAGAAUCUGAAUCUCGAGAAGAUCCAAGACACGAUUAGGGAGAAGAUUGGGUUUUUGGAUAGGACGUGGACGAGUAAGACCGAGGAAGAAAAAGCUGCCAAGAUCUUUGAGAUCUUGAGUAAGAGACGUUUUGCAUUGUUUCUUGAUGAUGUUUGGGAAAAAGUUGACCUAGUGAAAGCUGGAGUUCCAACACCUGAUGCGCAGAACCGGUCGAAGGUUGUGUUCACGACUUGUAGCGAAGAAGUUUGUAAGGAGAUGAGUGCACAGACGAAGAUCAAAGUGGAGAAAUUGGCGUGGGAGCUAGCCUGGGACUUGUUUAAGAAGAAUGUUGGAGAAGAUACUGUCAAGAGCCACCCAGACAUAGCCAAGGUGGCUCAAGAGGUUGCAGCCAAAUGCGACGGUCUUCCUCUAGCUUUGGUCACCAUUGGUCGAGCCAUGACCUCCAAGAAAACGCCACAGGAGUGGCGUGAUGCUUUAUACAUCUUGAGUAACUCUCCUCCUAAUUUCUCAGGUAAAAUGUUUUUUCUCAAGUUACUGGACAGGAACUAG